CACGGUUGGUGGGCGCAGAACCGCAGGAUAGGUAGGCAGCAGCAGAGGAGGGAGAUAGCGCGCGGUGACCAUGGCGUCACUGUCGCUCACUGCCGUGGCCGCCACCACGGCGAGGCCAAGCAAUGGCGGCGGCGGGAGUGGCUCCCGUCUCAAGAUUGCCUCCAUGGCCACCCAGAAGCCCAAACUGAAGACCACCUCCGGCACGAGGAGAUCGACCACGACGGUGUUCCCGCUGGGCGAGCAGGACCCGCGCCCGUCGGCGAGCAGCGGCGGCAAGGCGCCGGUGAAGCUGCUGACCAAUGUGGAGCGGCUGCGGCUGCUGACCAAGGCGGAGCGCGCGGGCCUGCUGUCGGCAGCGGAGCGCGCGGGGCUGUCGCUGUCGGCGGUGGAGCGGCUGGGCCUGCUGUCCAAGGCGGAGGAGCUGGGCGCGCUCUCGGCGGCCACGGACCCCGGCACGCCCGGCGCGCUGCUGGCGCUGGCGGUCCUGCUCCUCGCGGCGGGGCCCGCGGUGGUGUACCUCGUCCCCGAGGGGCAGGCAUGGCAGGUGGCGGUGCAGGCCGUCGCCGCGCUCGUCUGCGUCGUCGGCGGGGCCGCCGCGGUCGCCGCCUCCAGCUUCGUUUCCAGGCUGCAGAGCUCGUCGAGCUGAACGCGCGUGUCGGCAGAGAUCAGUCAAGCAAUCUGAAGCAGCUGUGCAGUGCUCUGUGCUCGCUAGCAUCGAGAUUUUGCGUGGAGUACUUUGUGCUUCCAUAAGAAGAUGCAUGGAUGGGAAGAUCCAUAUGAUAACAUAUAAGGGUUUAACCUAUUAUAUUUGAAUAAUUUCAAAUAAAUUUUAAAUGUCUAAUC